AUGCAGCACAUAUGUCAACAUGUUCUCUCUCUCUCUCUCUCUCUCUCAGGUGUCCACAUUGUCCAGAACAUGUACGGCUGUGAAUGGGAUGAUGAGACCAACAAGGUUAAGGGUUAUGAUCAGUAUGGUUAUGAUGGAGAAGACUUCAUAUCAUUUGAUCUGGAGACAGAGCAGUGGAUUGCUCCUAAACAGCAGGCUGUCAUCACCAAACACAAGUUAGAUAAUAACAGAGCUCUGAUAGAACAGGACAAGAACUACCUGACUCAGAUUUGUCCCGAGUGGCUGAAGAAGUACGUGAACUACGGGAGGAGCUCUCUGAUGAGAACCGAGCGUCCCUCAGUGUCUCUCCUCCAGAAGACUCCCUCCUCCCCAGUCAGCUGCCACGCUACAGGUUUCUACCCCGACAGCGCCACCCUCUUCUGGAGGAAAGAUGGAGAGGAGCUCCAUGAGGACGUGGCCCUGGGAGAGGUCCUCCCCAACCACGACGGGACCUUCCAGAUGAGGGUUGACCUGAAACUGUCCUCCGUCCCUGCUGAAGACUGGAGGAGGUACGAGUGUGUGUUCCAGCUGUCUGGUGUGGACGAGGACAUGGUCACCAAACUGGACAAGACCAGGACCAACACGGAGAAACCUGCUGGCUUCACCUUCAUCAUCAUCGCUGUGGCUGUUCUUGGCGUCAUCAUCGCUGCUGUGGUUGGAUUCUUGGUGUAUAAGAGAAUUAGGAACGGCGUGAGAGCCAAUCAGAGACCAGUGUUGAGGAGCAUUUGA